CUAUCAUUAUUUACAUAUGAAUAACACGUCGAUGGGAAGAUCCCCACACAUUUCAAUCAUCUCGGGAGGAACAGCUACCAAUGAAUUGGUAUCUCUUUUUUACUCUCUUUCUCACAACAUCACAUACAUUCUCCCCAUUCUGGACAAUGGAGGGUCCACAUCAGAGGUCAUUAGAGUCAUUGGCGGACCAGCUAUCGGUGAUAUCCGCUCACGUCUAACAAGACUCAUCCCAGAGCAUCAUGACAGUUUAAGACGUCUUCUCUCGUUCCGGCUUUCAAGUGAUCCGGUAUCUGCCAAACGGGAAUGGAAUGAGAUUGUUGAAGGGUCACACGCGCUUUGGGGACCGAUAAACCCGGCCACAAAGGAGAUAAUCCGAGCAUUCUUCAUUCAUGUACACACGGAGUUGCUCAAGAGGUCACGGAUGCAACUGCUGCUGCUGCAACAGUUCCGGUAUGAAUUGGCCAAUGUGGGGAACUUGUUCUUAACUGGGGUUAGAACAUUUGUUGGGUCCUUGGAUAGUGCCAUUGAAUUAUUUGCCAGAAUGACAGGCGUUCAUAGUAUGACACAAGUGUUACCCUGUAUCAACACCAAUUUCACAUAUCAUAUCAGUGCCUUACUUGAGAAUGGAGUAAUAAUUACUGGUCAAUCUCAAAUCAGUCAUCCUUCCGAAGGUUGUGAAAAUAAAUUGCUGGUACCAUCUAGGGAAUUCCUUGUAGCUGCCAGUCCCACAGAUAUACCCACGCCAGAUUUUAACUUCAACCAGAGUGUCAAUCUUAGUAUAAAUGAUCUCACGUUGAAUACUCCUUCUUUUAGUCAAGACCCAACAUUCAAUGAACCAGGGCCAGAACUAGAAUUCAAUGUAAGUCGAGCCUCGUCGAUUUGUUCGUCAUCUUCAGAACAAAACAUCCCUCAAUAUACCCAUCCAGAACUCAAGAAGUCUCAACUUCAUUUCAAUAAAUCUUCCACCAUUGAACCGUUAAAAUCACCCAUUGAGAGAAUUUUUUAUAUUUCCCCCUAUGGAGAAGAAAUUCUUCCUACUGCUCACAAUAGAGUUACCACGUCCAUUUUACAGGCAGAUGCCGUGGUGUACUCGAUAGGGUCUCUCAUGACUAGUGUUAUCCCUGUUGUAAUCUUAAAGGGGGUUGGGCGUGCACUUUUAAAUAGUACAGCCAAACUGAAGAUCCUCUUGCUUAAUGGUUGUCAUGAUCGAGAAACUGAAGGAAUGGAUGCUGAACAAUUUAUUGAACUGAUUGUAACCCUGGCACUCUAUUCAAUGGGGAAAAAACCAGAUCCUAAUAUAGCAUGGACUCCAUAUGUUACUCAUUUGGUACAUCUCAAGGAUUCUCAGAUUGAAGUUAACAAGCAUCGUCUAACUGAGAGAGGUAUUAUUUGUGUCGAAGUUGACCGAUUACACGAUAGUGAUUACUAUGACCCAGUGGGUUUGGAAGAAGUUUUAAGAGAUAUUGUGAAUAGUAGUUGAUGAUAGAAAAUGAAAUAUUAUUAGAAGCGGUUGUCUAAAGAGUUGUGUUCUCACAGUCUAGGCACGGACUAAUGGUUAGAUAUAAACUAGGUCCCAUGUGGUGGCUGUAUGGCUCCUAUUGGGCAGGUACUGGUGGAGUAAUAUCAACCCCACUCAGGGUAUCAUUGCACACCCAUGAAUAAUUUGCAGUAUAUGGCGGGCCUUGGUAAUCAAAGUGCUUAAAUCUAGAGAGUCAAGAUAACGGGUACAUCCUAAAAUGUUGUAAAUAAAUGUAUGUAUAGAAAAUAUUACAGUUGGACAACUUAAGUCGU